AUGGCCUGCCAACAGCCGCCAUUGGACGAGCGACAACUGCGCAAACAGCAGAUUAGGCCACGAUACCUGGACCUGGCAGAAUUUGAUGACGAUGUUCCGGAUGAUCCACGAAGCCGCAGAGCUGCGCCGGAUUCCUUCAGCAACUGGCCGCCAGCAGCGACCGUAGUAAGAAAGAAGCCUCCGCCCAUCACCUCCUCGAGCAAAUCCAAAACACCCUCAUCGGAAGCACAAAAAGACUCAAGUCGCCCGACGCAGCCUACAGUGGAGAGCGUGGAGGAGGAUGCAGCAUCAACAAAGGCGGCUUCUCCCGUGAACAUCAAGGUGUCGAAAGUCUCGGAGCAAGCGGAGAUGCAACCACGACCCAAGACAGUCCGUUUCGGUGCCGAUACAAAGGACGAGAGCGACUAUGGAGCGGACGCCCCGGCCGCACCGAGAGCCACACUCAAUCUUGCCGGAUCCAUCAUCGGCAGCAUUUCAGAGCGUCCAGUGGGGGAGAGAAGAUCGAAGCCCACUCGAUCCAGGCCUUCCGGAUCUCGCUUUGUCGUCAGAAAAAGGAUGGAUGAAGACUUACAGAAGCACGAAGAGCAGCGACAACAACGUCUCGCAGCUGAGGUGACACCCAACGAACAGGAGCCUGGCACUGGCUUCCCUGUCGUGUCGCAUCGCGACCAAAUUACGCCCAUCCUGCCUCCAACUCCUGGCAAGAGUCGGGCGCUUCAGUACAGUGAAGACAUCGACACAGUUGAAGCGCCACAACGAGAUGCAGUCGCGACUCAGGCAGCUCUUUCGGAGCCCUCCGCAGUAUCAUCAAGAAAAUCGAGCACUGGCGUUCCAAGCAUCGGCAAAGGCAAAGCACCGACCUCGACUGAAGACGAAGAAUGGCUAGACGAAGAUGGCAGACCAAUGUCGGCUUUCAGGAAGUCGCGACUCCUCCGACAGGGGUUGCGUCCACCGUCCGUUCGAUCAACGGCUAGUCAGGCGGCGGACCCCGCCGUGAAUGCCGGAUCAGCACGGAGCUUCGUACCCGACCCGACCAGAGACCCCGGUGGAGGUGCCGACAUUGAUGCCAUCACAGCCGUACUCUCGGAUGUAUCGAGGGAGAACGAUCGGAAGCUGCGUCAGAUGAGUGCAGUCGAGAUUUCAGAUGAACUUCGCAGCCUCGAGAGCCUUUUCGGCAAAGACGUUCUGGAAGCUCUUCGCAAUCGCAAGGGCGUGAAUGCUCCGCAGGCAAGCACGAGAGAAGGCAUCGACCCACUUCCGCCCCAAACGCAAUCAGCCCUGGACAGAGCCACAGACACACAAGCUUUCGUGGAAGACAAAGAAGGUCCGCUUGCGAUCAAGCGGCAGUACUUCCCGGCGGAGCCCGAAGGACCCAACCCAUCCCUAGAAUGGAUGAUGCCGCAGCACCAGACUCAAGCAGCUUCUACGGACUUGCGCUUCGAUUUCUCGGGCCAUGUCAUUCGACGAGACACCCAAACCAAUGAGACGUAUCUGUCCGGCUUGCAUCACCACGGCGACGACCAAGAAGCUCCAGGCUACACCUUUGCCGAGCUGAUCCAUCUCUCACGAAGUACAGUAGCAGCGCAACGCCAACUUGCGCUCAACGUUCUCGGGCGGGUGUGCGAACUCCAUCCAGCCUUCGGCCAGAGCGGAGACUACAAGGACGCCGUAGCAACUAGAGCGUUGAAUGAACAUGGUCUGCUGCUCCGAGCCAGGACCAUCACCGUUUCUCGAUGGCUCUUGGACGACCGACAUUUCACGGUGCGAGCAGCAGCGCUGAGGUGCUUGACGAGUGCAAUCCGAUCCUUGCCAUCGGGUACCUCGCUUCCACUGGGUUCCGGACAGGAACUCGACCUUGGUCGUUUGUUUGGCGCUGACAAGGCUGAUCCUGACGACAGAGAGGAAGCCGCGGAGGCAAGCGAAGUCGAGAAAGCUAUGCAGAAGGACUGGGCCAAGGUGCUCCUCGAGUCCAACAUUGUUGGUCUGUUCCUCGACAGAACAGACAGCGUCGUUACUUCGACAUGGGAAGCAGACUUGGCGCUGGAGCUGCUUUACAGAAUCGCGUCUUGCUCUGCCACUCACGCGAGCCAAGUCUUCGGAGACGAGCCGCAGAAGCUGUGCGACUUUGUUGUCCAUCUCGGACUCAAGGUUUCUUGGCCACCGGCUUCAGCCGAAGCUUCCUUGCCCGCCGCAUCCGCCCCGCGCUCGAGCUCCAUGCCCUCAUUGACUGCUGUGCGUCUGCUGCACCAGGGCAUCCUCAGCAAUCGUGAAGUCGGAAAGGCCAUCGUUUCGAGCGGCAACGUCGAGCAUCUCUUGCGCUUCAUUGUGACGCAACCCUGGAAGGUCGAGAACGACUCUGCGACCAACGAUGAAGCAGGCAACGAGGUCGUUUUGAUGGCGUAUCACAUUUUUGACGAGAUCCUCCACUUGUUCCCUUCACUGGCAUCGUACGGUCUCUUUGCAUCCAUUGUCGCGCGAACGUGGAACAUCUGGCAGGAGAGCAGCACAUGGGCUGUCGGACAGCUUACGGCCAAGCAGGACGCAACAGCUCAACCAUCGACGAAGAGUUGGAUCCGCGAAGCGAGAAGCACAGCAGUGCAGCGAAUCUUCGAGGUUCUUGCCGCAUGGACACAUUGCGCGGUCGACCCACACGAGCUGGCGACGGCGCACGACAUCACGUGGACACAGGUUCGAGACUGGAUCGAGCCCAUUAGAGACGCUGCACAGGUGAUCAGCUCGUCUCCUGAGUCGCAAAGGAUCACACAGACGUCCGCUCUCGGACCUCUUUGCGCUUACAUCGAUGCUUGGCUCCGAUGCGCGACCCGGAAGGAGCCCGAUCUUUUGCAAAAGCACCUCGAAUUCGGCACGAUCAUCGUGUCGCAGUGCCAGCAGCCCAUUCAGCAACACUUCCUCGAGGUCUUGAGACUCUUCUCGUCCGCACCUACGCAAGCUAUCGGGCUGGACGAGGCCGUACAAGCAUGUCGCGCUUGUCACAGGCAUCUUGAUCUCAGCAGAACGAUCUUGCACGCAAAGCAGACUUUGUCAAAUCAGGCAGGUCCCAAAGCGAGUCGGAUUGCACACGACGGAGUUUUGAUGUUGCAAGAGAGCCUGGCUUUGGUCUCUUGCGCCCCUCUUUGGGAAGCUUUGCAGAGUCCGGAGUCACAGGCAUCGGGACGUCAUGUCUAUGGACAGACGUUCUCGGACUUUGUCGCUGCUGUCCUGACCGCACAAACCGAAGCAACGUCCACACUGGCCCUCGAGCUGGUCGCAAUUACUCGACUUGACGCUCGCCAUGCAACUCGCGUCGCCGAUAUUGUCCUGCGUGCCGCCGAGACGCUCGCCGGGGCGGGCACGGCUCGCGUGCUACGUCCUUUCCUCCUGGAAUGUGUCGUCGGUGGCAAUCAUCUCCCAGACCAAACUCCCACGCGGACAGUGGAGCAUCGCGACCCCACACCUUUGUUAAAAGUCACGUCGCUGUUUAAGUCAAGGACAAUUGCAAGCGCCGACUCUUCUGCGCAGACUUCUCACGAAGAAGCCGAUAACGACGAGGAGGAGGACGACGAAAGAGACGUCGACCCCAUCACGGGCUCCAAGCUGUGGAAGUGUCCCGCGAGCGGUCUGCCUAUCCGCCCCGACUGGCCCUUGCUUGCCCUCGACGAUCUCCUGCACAGCGGCAGUACAGCUGUCUUCAAUCGUCCCAACAACCUUGGCGAGGAUUGGAAGCCAAGCGAGCUCGAAAUGGUCCGAGCGUCGCUCAAGCUAGCUGUCGCUGUCUUCCGAGGUCAGCUCGAUCAUUCAAAGGUGUCUCGUGCCGGUGGCGUUGCGGACACGGACGACACUUUGGCAAAGACCAAGGCCCGAGCGAUGCUGGGCAGCCUUCCGAGCCCGGAGCAGAUCCUGCUCGGCGUGAUGAAGGUCUUCAUGCUUGAGAAAGAUCAGGCCGACACCUUUACCGACAAGACCGCCUCCGGCGCGACGCAGCAAAAGCAGUCCGGGGUCUUGACCGGUCGAGACCUGUUCCGAGACUCCACGAUCUCGCAGGAGCUGACCUCGCUUCUCGGCAUCGCCGACGAGCUCGUCCAGCUACGACGAUCGCACUCCGACUCCAACGUGAUGAGUACGGUCACGCUGGACGCAUGGACGACAAGCACGUACAGCGGAAGCAUGUCAUUCUAUCAAUUCUUCACCGACCUCGCAUCACUCUGGGACUCGAUCUCGUUUGGAGACGCCAACUUUGCGCGCGUCGUGAUGACGGUCGCCAACGCAGGAUGCAAAGGUGGCGUCUUCGAAGGUGAAGAUGGCAUGGCAGUGGAUUUCCGUCGGCUGGUGUGGAAUGACUACAGCGAUAGUCUGCGGAGCACGCCGCCGAUCAAAGUGCCAGGAUGGCUGCUCGGAUGGGAGGACACCGAUGCGGACAUGCUCCAGCACUAUUGUCGGUGCCUUGUCAGUCUUGCUGACACGAGUGCGGCGAGAGGCUCAAUGGCUUGGCAGAUCGCGAGACACCAUGUGGGUACGGCCAUGCGGUCAAUCGUCAGCAGCGAGGGCGACACGAACAACGCCGCGAGCACGAAGCACGCAAAGAGGGUGGAGACCAUCCUCAAGUCGCUGUACGUCGCAAAAGGCGAGGGUCUGCUGCGUGAGCUGCUCAAGUCGGAAGCCGAGGCUUCGUCAGCCAGCAAGCUAACGGACGAAGAGACUCAGCGCCUCGUCGCUCGAUUGAGCAGCUCAAACGUGGCACAGUAG